CUUCCAACCAAACUUGGCUAGCCUUUGUGCACUCGGCCCUCGCAAAAACCCAUAACCCCGCAGCCCAUGUGCAUUCCCAAAGACCAUCACUCUCCCACGCAGCGGAAGACUCGGACCCGCCGCCCGCCCUCCGCAAUAUCACCGAUAGCCACACAAUGACAAGCACAUCAGAAAACACCUCACCACCCGCCUACGAGGAGACCUCCCACCCACACCCCACCCACCCCUCCCACCCCGCCCACCCACAUCCACAUACCCACGACUGGUCCAAACCCUACUACCCCGCGUCCGCCUACUGCUGGGCCAUCCUCCUUUUUCCAAUCGGAAUCCUUUGCUGUUUGAAACUCCGCGAACAGCGCUGCACAUCCUGCGGGGAGACGAUGACGAUUGGCGAGGAGGCCGUGGAUCCGGAGAAGCAGGCGGCGGCGGAUAGGGCGUAUCGGCUUGGGUUUGCGGUGGGGGCUGUCGGGGAGGUCAUGCAUGGGGGUGGGGGGGUUGGUGGCGGGUGA